AUGUGUUUCAUCAUGGCGGCCCCCGCUAAAAAGAUGGUUGGGGUUUCGGACGACUCCAGCAGCAGUGACGACGAAGUACUUAAAAGAUGUCAGGAGGCGGUUUGGGAGACGAAGGCUGUCAAAAGCAAAGGUGCGGAUGCCAGUGUGAAAGAGUCAAAGCGUCUCGUUGUCGCUGACCAUGAACAUGAUGGCAACGAGCUCCAGGUCACGCCAGGAUUCCAGACGCAUGUUGCCAGAAAGUUAGGACACUUUCUUGACAGUUGUAUUUCAGAGAUAAAGCCUCAAACUUCAUCCUGUUUAGAACCAGCUAAAUGUAACAAAGAUGAUGAUGAUGAGGAGGAUGAAGGAUUUCGUCUGUUUUCUACAUCCGUCCCAGGAAAGAAAGCUGAAGAUCCUCCCGCCCCUGUAAGGCGUCGGCCUGCUCCCAGCUCAAGCGACAGCGAUGAUGAGAUGGAAAUGAGGCUGAAAGAGGCAGCGGUGUCUGUCAAAGAUCUGUUGCCCUCGUUGGUGCUCUCACCCCCUUCGAUGGAGUCUCCUUGCUCGGUAAAAAUGACAAAGACGAAGAAGAAAGAUACAGAGGGAGAAGAGAGCCGCGUUAAGAAGAAGAAGAAGAAGAAGAAUCAGGAGGAUGGGGAACAGGUGGACUCAGAUUCUACUCCUGAUGCUCAGAGUAAUGGUGAGCUCACAAACUCAGAACAGGAACACAUGCAAGUCAAAGUAAAACGGAAAAAGAAGAAGAAGAGGCAAGAAGGAAAUGCAGAGGAAGAAGCAUUGCACUGAUUUUUCAUUAUUUUUUAAAUGACUUUCUGCCACAGUGAAUUCAAAGAUUUAAAAUAUUUUUAUUCAAAAGCUGGAAUUGGUCUUUACUUUGUCAUUAAUGAUGUAAAAA